AUGCAGAUUGACAUCGCUGCAAUAUGUGCGGCUAACAGGAACGCUGUGGUAGCUAAUCCACUUAACUGUGCACAGUACUUCGACUGUAGUAAAACGUCACCAUUUGGAAAGCUUCAUCUGUUUGAAUGUCCGUAUCCACAACUGUUUAACAAUGUAACCCUAAAAUGUGACGACUUUGAGAAAGUUAAUUGUAACAGACGCAAAGAGCCUAUGGCUCCAUGUGAGUAUAUACAGAACAAGUGUAAUGGAUCCGACCCAACUGCAAACCGUGUCCCGAGAGGUUAUAUAGUUGUGUCGGUGUCGACGAUGGCCGCCAACCUGAGUCGGUGUUUGCACCACAGUAUAAGGACUGUAAAAAGAACCGGACUUUGGGCCAAGGGAAAUGUGACUUUGGAUAUUUCAACCCUCAAGCACAUAGGAACGUUGAGUUUUUAUUGCCGUCAACACAAAACGGAUAAGCUGGCUAUACCCACGAAUUGCGCCAAGUUCUACAACUGUGCUAAACCGGGGCACACAUUAGACGCUCUGACGGAUGAAUGCACUUACCCGGACCUGUUCUCAGCCGAUUCUGGGCAAUGUGAAAAUUUCACGUCAAUAGACUGCAAGACGAGAAUGGAACCGCAAGCACCUUGUGAAUACGACCAGUUUAAAUGUCCUCCGACCAACACUACGUGCAUUUGCCCGGAUGAGCACGCGGAUUGUCGGGGUCAAGUCGAUGGUGUUGAACCAUGGAAAGGUAAAACGUGGGGACCAAAGUAUGCAAAAUGUCUCCAGAACAGGACAAUAUCGCAAAUCAAGUGUCCGAUUGGUCAAUAUUUUCAUCCAGUCCAAAAGAAAUGUACAGACUCGGUAAAACCAGCUGAGGUGAAAAAAGUGUGUCAGGCAAAUCCUACAAUGAUGUUUCCUGACAGUCAGAAUUGUGCCAAAUACAUCGAUUGCUCCUCCCCGAACUCACCGUUAGGAAGCUACGCCAAAGAAUGUAAAUAUCCGCAACUUUUCUCAACGCAGACGAAAAAAUGUGAAAACUUCGAAAAUGUUCAGUGUGACAAAAGAAUGGAACCUCAGGCACCUUGCGAUUAUGAACAAAACAAAUGUGCACCAGGAAACACAACAUGUUCGUGUCCGGACAACCUUCCUAGCUGUGUUAGUAAAAGUGACGGUGACCAAGCCUUUCCGACGAGAAUGUGGAGACCCGACUAUAUCAAAUGUUACAAAAACAGAACCAUUCUGCCAUCCAAGAGGUGCACGAAGGGGUAUUUUCAUCCUAUCCAGAAGAAGUGUUUAGAAGAUGUUGCUAAGCCGGAUGCACACCAAUACUGCCAAGCCAAUCCGAAAGAUAUCAUCAUGAUACCCGACAACUGCGCUCAAUAUAUAAACUGUUCUGUUACUGUGACCAUGGCAACUUCCGCUGACCCGAUACAAGAGUGCAAGUACCCGGAUUUGUUUUCUACGCAGACCAUGUCUUGUCAGGAUUUUACAACAGUUCACUGCGAUAAAAGGAAAGAACCGCAAGCCCCAUGUGAAUAUAAACAAAACCUUUGCGCAACUGGUAACACAACGUGUAAGCCAUGCCAAGAACGGUUACCAAGUUGUAUUGGCCAGACAGACGGUGAUCAAGCUUUCCGGACAAAAUUAUGGAAACCCGACUACGUCACGUGUAACAAGAACAGAACCAUUCUACCCAUAAAGCGUUGCACGAAAGGCUACUUCCAUCCGGUACAUAACAAGUGCGAGGAGGAUGUAAAGAAACCUGAUGCAGUGCCAUAUUGUCAAGCCAACCCUACUGCAGUUGUGCCGAUGUCUGAUAACUGUGCUAGGUACAUAAACUGCAGUACGGUUCGAGCCCAAGGAUCGACUGCAGAUCCCAUACAGGAAUGCAAAUACCCGGAUCUCUUCUCAACAACCACUAUGUCUUGCCAGGACUUCACAACAGUGCAAUGUAAAAACAGAACUGAAUUAAAAGCUCCAUGUAGAAUAUUUUUCCAUUCUUUCUUUUCAAACAUUUUUAUCUCGUUUGUAGGCGAUUACAAACAGAACCUUUGUAGUCCAGCUGACUCGAACUGUGUCCCGUGCAAGGACAGACUACCAUCUUGUGUUGGGAAAGCAGACGGGAACCAGGCAUUUCCCGCCAAAAUGUGGAAACCAGAUUACGUCACGUGCAAAACAGAUAGAACAAUUAUACCAACAAAGAAAUGCACAAAGGGAUACUUUCAUCCAAUACAGAAACAAUGCAAGGAAGAUGUUACAAAACCUGAUGCUAAGGCUUACUGCCAAGCAAAUCCGAAUGACAUAAUACCACUUCCGGAUAACUGUGCGCACUAUAUAGACUGUACCGUUGUUAUUGGCGGGAAUUCUGCCGACCCUGUGAAGGAAUGCGUGUACCCGGACUUAUUUUCUACUCUCUCAAUGACAUGUCAACAUUUUACAACUGUCACGUGUGAUAAACGAAUGGAACCUCAGGCUCCAUGUGAGUAUGACCAAAACAAAUGUGCUCCAGGAAACACUACUUGUACGUGCCCGGAUAACCUCCCUAGCUGUGUUGGUAAAAGUGACGGUGAUCACGCCUUCCCGACGAGAAUGUGGAAACCCGACUUUAUCAAAUGUUACAAAAACAGAACCUUGCUGCCGACCAAAAAGUGCACAAAGGGAUAUUUUCAUCCGACUCAAGAAAAAUGCAUGGAAGACGUUAUGCCGCCGGAUGCAAAGUCAUACUGCCAGUACAAUCCCAAUGACGUCAUUCCUAUAGCAGAUAAUUGCGCCAAAUACAUAGACUGCAAAGCGGUUACCAUGGGAACAGCUUCAGAUCCCGUCAAAGAAUGUCAUUAUCCAGAUUUAUUUUCGAAGCUGACGCUCACGUGCCGCAACUUUAGCACAGUGAACUGUGAAAAGAGACAAGAACCAAUGGCACCUUGUCAGUAUGAUCAGAACCUGUGUGUAAAUCUCAACACUCCGGGCUGCACUGUAUGUGCCAGCAGAUUACCUUCCUGUAUCGGUAAAGCAGACGGCGACCAACCGUUUCCAAACAAACAAUGGACGGAACAUUUUAUACACUGCUAUAAGAAUAGAACAGUGGUUGAUCAAUGCCCAUCAGGAGCUGUGUUCGAUCCGAAUACGAAAACGUGCACAACUAAUAUUAAUCCAAGAAACAUCGAUUCUUAUUGUUUAUCUUAUCCAACUGCGAUCAAAGUAAACUCGAAAAAUUGUGCUCAAUACUACAACUGUUCGGAUAACUCGGCACCCCUCGGUCAUCAUCUGGAUGAGUGCAAGUACCCGGAUUUAUUCUCAGAAUCAACAAAACGCUGUGAACGGUUUGAAUCAGUCCAGUGUACAAACAGAAGUGAACCCCAGGCACCGUGCGAAUACAUGCAGAACUUGUGUAAACCUUCCGAUGUAAACUGUGCACGAUGUCCAAGUCGGUUGCCAAGUUGUGUUGGUAUGAGUGAUGGGAACCAUCCCUUCCCUUCGAGAACAUGGAAACCAGACUAUAUCACGUGUUACAAAAAUAGGACAGUUAAUGUGACCAAAUGUACCGAAGGGUAUUUUCAUCCAGUUAAUGAAAUGUGUACAAAAGAUGUCAGUAAGCCUGAUGCCAAGUCUUAUUGCCAUGCCAACCAUAACGAUGUCGUACCAAUACCGGACAUGUGUGCCCAAUUCAUAGAUUGUACAUUAUACAUCAAUGGCAAUGCUGCCGAUCCGGCACAGGAAUGCAAUUAUCCCGACUUGUUCUCUACAAAUACAAUGAAAUGUGAGAAAUUUGAAACCGUCACGUGUAACAAAAGGAAGGAACCCAUGGCCCCAUGUGAAUAUGAACGAAACUUGUGUCCGGCUAACGACCCAGCCUGUGUGCCCUGUCCAGACAGGCUUCCUAGCUGUGUCACCGUCUCUGAUGGACCGAACUCUUUCCCAGGUCGGAUGUGGAAGCCAGAUUACAUCACUUGCUAUAAAAAUAGAACAAACUUACCAUUGGAUAAAUGCCGUAGCGGUUAUUUCCAUCCGGUACAAAAGCAGUGCGCAGAUGAUGUCAAUAAAGUUGAUGCCAAACCAUACUGUCAAGCCAAUCCACAUGACAUUAUACCUAUGAGCAACAAUUGCGCGCAUUUCAUUGACUGUUCCGCGGUGCUAGCCACGCCUUCUUCUGACCCAAUUUCUGAAUGUACAUACCCAGAUUUGUUCUCGACUAUUUCUAUGGUUUGUCAGUCAUUCACGACAGUUACAUGUGACCUUAGACCAGAACCUCAGGCACCAUGCGAGUAUGACCAAAAUAUAUGUAACCCUGGAAACAGUAGCUGCGAGAUCUGUCCCAACAGACUACCUAGCUGUAUCACUCUAUCCGACGGUGCCCAGCCUUUCCCGACGAAGUUGUGGACGAAAAAUUACAUUCAGUGUUACAAGAACAGAACAGUGGCGAUAACAUGUCCAUCAGGAAACAUUUUUGAUCCGACUACCCAAGCAUAUAAAAUGGACAAUUUUUGUAAAGCCAAUCCAGGACAAAUCAAGGUGAACCCUGACAACUGUGCCCAAUAUUUCAACUGCUCAGACACAACGUCUCAGUUAGGACACUACAAAGAAGAAUGUAAAUAUCCGGACCUGUUCUCAACAACAACAAUGACGUGUCAACCAUUUAAUAUGGUCCCUUGCCAAACCAGAAUGGAACCAAAAGCUCCUUGUGACUACGAAAAAAAUCUUUGCCAGCCAAACGACACAAAUUGCCAGCCAUGUCCGGAGCGUUUGCCAUCAUGUGUAGGCAAGCAUGACGGAGACCACGCCUUCCCGACCAAAUUAUGGGGACAGGAUUACAUCGUCUGUCAUAAAGAAAGAACCGUGGCUACCAAAAAGUGCCAGAAAGGCUAUUUCCAUCCAACAAUGGAGAUUUGUACAGAACAUGUUAAAACAACUGAUUCCAAGCCAUAUUGCGCUGCAAACCCACAGGCGAUAGUCCCUGUAGAUGAUAAUUGUGCGCAGGUGAUAAACUGCACGGCGUUCAUGCACGGUACCAUGUCCGAUCCUAUCGUUGAAUGUCACUAUCCGCAGCUGUUGUCAUUGAUAACUAUGACCUGUCAGGACUUUGAAACAGUUACUUGUGGAACGAGGACCGAGCCAAAAGCACCAUGUGAAUACAAACAGAACCUAUGCAGUUCAAAUGACCGCGCAUGCGUUGCCUGCAAGGAUAGAUUGCCGAGCUGCAAAGGUCUGAGUGACGGAGACCACGCCUACCCGACAAGACUGUGGAAACCGCAAUAUGUUACCUGUUAUAAAGACAGAACAGAACUACCAACGAAGAAAUGUUCGAAAGGAUAUUUCCAUCCGAUAAAACAAAUAUGUACAGAAGCAAUAGACAAGCCGGAUGCCUUGCAGUAUUGUCAGGCUAAUCCUGGUGACAUGUUACCCGUGCAAUCAGACUGUGCCAAGUAUUAUAAAUGUUCCGCGUCGUUGUUGGGACAGAAUGUUAUACAGGAGUGCAGGUAUCCAGACUUGUUCUCGACUAUAUCCAUGACAUGCCAGGACUUCACGACUGUACAUUGCGGUCAACGGUCCGAGCCUCAAGCGCCGUGUGAAUACGACCAAAAUUUAUGUCCGCCAGGAUCUAGCUGUGACCCGUGUCCUGACCGGCUACCUAGCUGUAUUGGACUUCCGGAUGGGGACCAACCGGCGGCAGGUCAUGUAUGGAAGGAGAUGUAUGUUCGAUGCUAUAGAAACAGAACCAUGGAAGUAAAACAUUGUCCGAAUGGUGCUGUGUUCGAUCCAAACAGGCUAGCUUGUGCUUCAAAGAUAAAGUCAGCGGAUAUAAAUUCUUUCUGUCAAGCAAACCCACAGGCUAUAAAGGCACAUGAAACCAACUGUGCUCAGUAUUAUAACUGUUCUAAUCCAAGGUCAAGUCUUGGAUCCUAUUUGCAAGAGUGUCAUUACCCGGACCUGUUUUCAACGGUAACUCACCAGUGUGAAUCGUUUGAAUCCGUUCCGUGUGGGACCAGACACGAACCGAUGCCACCAUGCGACUACCUUCAAAAUCUUUGCAAUGGGUCGGAUCCGAGUUGUCUCCCUUGCAAAGAACGCCUACCAAGCUGUGUUGGGUUACCGGAUGGGAUAAAUGCCGCUCCUGGCAAAGAGUGGACGUCAGACUAUGUCGAGUGCAACAAGAACAGAACCGUAUCAGUGAAACACUGUCAAACUGGCUACUUUCAUCCCGUGACAAAAACGUGUACAGAAGAUGUGCAAAGAGUUGAUGUUAAGAACUUUUGCAAAAACAAUCCUUCGAAAGUAGUCCCGGCAGCAGACGACUGUGCCCAGUAUUACAACUGCUCGCAACUGUCGUCUGCUUUAGGCGCAUACAUAGGGGAAUGUAAAUACCCGAGCUUGUUCUCAACGUUCACAAUGACGUGCGGCUCUUUCAGAAGAACAUUUUGUAGCACACGACCAGAACCUCAAGCGCCCUGUCAAUACGAACAAAACCGAUGUUCCCAGAAUGACCCUAACUGUGCCCCGUGUCCGGAAAGACUUCCAAGUUGUAUAGGACUGCCGGACGGAGCUCAACCACACCCCUCCCACCUAUGGGGUGAAAGAUACGUCGAGUGCUUCAGAAACCGUACGAUGGCCGUGCGCACUUGCCAAACUGGCUACUUCCAUCCGAGACAACACCAGUGUCGUAUAAAGGUUGACCCUGUUGAUAUACAGGAAUAUUGUACGGUGCACGUGACUGACGUGGUUAUCAAUCCUGACAACUGCGCCGUGUAUUACAACUGUUCCUCCCCAAAUGAUGGAUACAUGACGGAAUGCAAGUACCCGGAUCUAUAUGACGAAAGUUUGAAGACAUGCAGAGAUUUCUCUCAAGUAACCUGCCAAACGCGACCAGAACCCAUGGCCCCAUGCCAGUAUAAGCAGAAUACAUGUUCAGCUAACGCCACUAAUUGUAUACCAUGCAAGGAUAGACUUCCGUCAUGUGUUGGACUCCAAGACGGGGACCAUCCGGUGCCGAGUCAGCUUUGGGGACCACAGUACAUAACCUGCUACAAGAAUAGAACUGUGAACGCCACCCGAUGUCAGACAGGGUCCUUCAGUCCAAAGUCAAGGACAUGUGUUAGCAAGGUCGAUAAACCCGACAUCCCCGACUACUGCCACGCCCACCCAGACGCUAUAAUGGCUUAUCCUGAUAACUGUGCACAGUAUGUAAACUGCUCCGAGGUAACACUACAGACGGUGCCGAUCAAAGAAUGCAAAUAUCCAGAUUUGUUCUCAACAUACACAAUGACGUGUUCAAGGUUCACAAGGGUGAUGUGUGACAAAAGAAUGGAACCCCAAGCACCCUGUGAGUAUGCACAGAAUCAAUGUGCACCGGGUGAUACGAGUUGCCCCCCUUGUCUUCAACGUCUUCCAAGUUGUAUUGGUAAACCUGAUGGUGCGCGGCCUUUCACAGGCAAGGAAUGGUCGGAUAAUUACAUAGAAUGUUUCAAGAACAGGACAAUGGCGCUGGACAAAUGUCCGAUCGGGUCCGUUUUCGACUCCAUUGACUUAUCAUGCACUUCCAAUAUUGAUUUACAUAAAAUCCAGUCUUUCUGUCAGUAUAAUCACGGAGCCGUCCAGGAACACACGGAUAAUUGUGCCCAGUAUUUCAAUUGUUCCAUGCCGGGUUCACCGAUAGGACCGUUCUUAAUGGAGUGUGAAUAUCCCAAGCUAUAUUCGCCACAAGUGAAAGGAUGUGUUAGCUUUGAAACCGCACAAUGUGGCAGCAAAACAGUUCCUCAAAGACCUUGUGACUAUCUAAGCAAUCUUUGCGCACCACAAGAUCUAUCUUGUACACCAUGCCAGUCACGACGACCAAGUUGUGUUGGCCUUGCCGACGGGUCACAACCAUACCCUGGACGUACCUGGCAAGGUGACUACAUUAAGUGCUACAAGAAUAGGACAAUCUCUGUAGAGAAAUGCCAACGUGGGUUCUUCCAUCCUCAACAACGCAGUUGUGUAGAAAUUAUAAACCAAGUGAACAUCGUGAGCUAUUGUCAGGUACACACGUCAGAUAUAGUGACUGAUCCGAGUAGCUGUGCCCGAUACUUCAACUGUUCUGAUGCCAGUUCGAGCCUCGGCUCAUUCCAGUCCGAGUGUAAAUACCCGGAUUUGUACUCGCCCUCGGUCCGCGCGUGUCUACAGUUCGAGUCUGUAGAUUGUCAUAACCGACCAGAACCAGUGACACCAUGUGAAUAUGCCCAGAAUUUAUGCGAUUCAAGCGACACAUUAUGUACACCCUGUAACAAACGGUUCCCGAGCUGCCGGGGACUUCCAGACGGUAAAAAUCCCGCCCCAGGUCCACUUUGGUCACGUGACUACAUUGUCUGUUUGAAAAACCGAAUUGUGUCUGUUGACACUUGUAAAACAGGGCACUUCAAUCCAAGGACCAAAAGUUGCAAAACACAAAUUUCACCAGUGGACAUACUUCAAUACUGUCAGGCCAACCCACGUGCCAUCCUCCCCGUGCCGGACUCGUGCUCACAGUACUACGAUUGUCCACAUGUCCUAGUUACAUCCGGGGAAGUAAGUGAAUGCAAAUAUCCGGACCUGUUUUCAACAAAACUACUCAAGUGUGAACGGUUUAAAAACAUUACUGGGAAAAGGAAGCCCAACCCCCUUGUGAAUAUUCAAAAAAAUCUGUGUGCAAUGAACGACCCGAAAUGCGUGCCUUGCCCAGCACGGUUACCAAGUUGCAUCAAUCUUCAAAAUGGUCCACAAACAUUCGGAGUACAAGAAUGGUCGACGAAAUAUGUCGAGUGUUAUAAAAAUAGAACUGUGUCGAUCAAUCAGUGUCCGCAAGACUCUUUCUUCAACCCAACAAGUCACCGAUGCACACAGAAUAUUAACCCAGUUAAACUGGUGAUCAAAUUUAAAUUUGAAAGGGGGAUAAACUUUUCAUUAAAAGGCGAAUACAAAGCCAAUCAGUGCAGCCCUACUCAACCGUCAUGCCAACCCUGUACAUCACGUUUACCGUCUUGUAUCGGUCUCCAGGACGGGAACCAACCAUUCCCUGGAUCACCAUGGCAACAUCAGUUUGUCGUCUGCAAUAGAGAUAGAACAUCAAAUGUAUCCCACUGUCCUGGAACCAAAAUAUUCAAUCCACAUACGAAGAAAUGUGUUGACACCAAAGAUAUUACAAAGCAUGAGAUUGUGGAUUAUUGCAAAGCAUAUCCAACUGCAGUACUUCCGGAUCCGGAUGAUUGUUCCCGGUAUUAUAAAUGCAGUUUGGUGACGUCUUCGGGUACCAGCAGCCACCAACAAUGUACAUAUCCGGACUUGUUUUCUCCCGUCGACAGUAGAUGUGUUCCGUAUUAUACAGUACAAUGUGGAACUCGACCUGAACCCACAGCUCCGUGUCAGUAUGACGAGAACAAAUGUCCUACAAAUGAUCCAAAUUGUACACCGUGUAAGAUCACACAUCCGGACUGUAAUGGUUUACCCGACGGUGAUGAUGGUAUACCAGGCAUGAUGUGGUCAGUGAACUAUGUCCGCUGUCAGUCCAACAGAACGUUAGAGGUGAAGUGGUGCAGCCAGGGUGUGUUCGAUCCAAAUAUACGGUCAUGCAGUAUACAUAUCGGUCCACAACAUAUGCAUGACUUAUGUGUAGCAAAUCCUAAAGCUAUUGUCCCACAUCCGACUAAUUGUGCUCAAUAUUUUGACUGUUCCAAGACCGGUACGGCGUUCGGGCAUUACCUCAUGGAAUGUGAUUAUCCAAUGCUGUUUGACGAACAGUCACUUAUGUGUAGAAACUUCUUCGAUGUUAGAUGUGGCAGCAAGACUGAGCCGAAGUCUCCAUGCAGAUACUUCCAGAACUUAUGCCCUGUAGGAAAUACCACGUGCGUUCCGUGUGUAGAUCGUCUGCCGAGCUGUGUCGGGAAACCAGACGGCAACAAUGCCAUACCAGGUCAUGCGUGGUCUGGUGACUAUAUGACGUGUUCAAGGGAUCGAACAUUAUCAACCCAUACCUGCCCGGUUGGUCAUUUUGAUCCUUCUGCAAGAUCUUGUGUUUCUACAAUAAACCCAGGUGAAUAUAGUCAGAAUCAGUGUCGUCUGGGUGAAACCGGCUGUGUUCCAUGUCAGCAAAAACACCCAUCGUGUAAAGGUUUACCGGAUGGUGUAAAUGCUGUACCCGGUAAAUUAUGGACGGAUCAAUAUGUACAAUGUCUCAAAAACCGAACACUUGUCAUGCAGCACUGUAAAACAGGACUAUUUGAUCCAACAUUGAGGAAAUGCGUCGAGAAUGUUGACCCAAGUAAAGUAAAUCAGGUGUGCCAAGCUAACCAUCAAGCAAUUUUCCCGGAUCCUACCAACUGUGCUAAAUACUAUGACUGUGGACAGGCUCCGACCUUCGGCCAAGGGGUUUACUACCAGAAGGAGUGCUCAUACCCGGACCUCUUCUCUACAGUGACCAAGUCAUGCCAGAAUUUUACCACAGUCCAAUGUUCUAACAGGAUGGAGCCUCAAGCACCCUGUGACUACACUCAGAACCAAUGUGUGAGCUCUUUCAACUGUCAGCCAUGUCCGGAUAGAUUACCAAGUUGCGUUGGGUCACCAGAUGGCGCUAAUGGCAUCCCGCGUCACCAAUGGACACGUGAUUACGUCAUCUGCCUGAAAAAUCGUACAAUGAAUAUCACCCAAUGUUCAAGUCCGCUUAUCUUUGAUCCAAUAUCAAGGAAAUGCGUGCAGUUUGUCGAACCUGCGCAUGUUCCGGAUUAUUGUAAAGUAAAUCCCCGUGCCGUGUUCCCGAACACACGAGACGCUGCGCAGUACUAUGAUUGCUCGAACCCAAGCUCCCCGGUUGGUGUACCACAUCUUCAAGAGUGUAAUUAUCCGGAUCUGUUUGAUAUAGUGAGUCGCAGCUGUAGAGAUUUCACAACAGUGCCAACUGACCAGAGACCAGUACCACAGGCACCGUGUGAAUAUCGGAGAAAUAGUUGCACUUCCGGAAGUACCGGAUGUACACCAUGCCCCCAGCGUCUAUUUAGUUGUAUUGGACUGCCAGACGGUCAUAAUGCCAUCGAGGGCAAACACUGGACUCCAGACUAUAUCACGUGCCACCGCAAUCGAACUAUAUCAACCGACAAAUGUAACCAGGGAGUGUUUAACCCAAAUAAAAGACAAUGUGAAAUACCACCGACAUCUGGUCCAGUAACUAUACAAGAUCAAUGCAAAUUGGAUCCCUCAAGGAUUAUUCCACAUCCUGGAAGUUGCUCUCUAUAUUACAACUGCUCCAAGACGGUGGCAACAUUUAGUCCUAUUCUACCCGUCCAGUUAGACGAAUGUCCGUAUCCAGAUCUUUAUUCAACAGUGUACAAGAAAUGUCUAGAUUUCCAGUAUGUGAAAUGUGACAAGAGACACGAAGUAAAGGCGCCAUGUCAAUAUCUCCAAAACCAGUGCAAUCCGAAUGACGCCUCGUGUUCACCGUGUCCUGAGAGAAAACCAAGCUGCAUCGGACUUCCAGAUGGUAACAACGCUCUGAAUGGUCGAUCAUGGUCACGUGACUAUGUUCAUUGUUACAAAGAACGAACGCUCGGUGUUGAACAUUGUCAGAACGGGGUUUUCAAUCAGCAUAAAAGGCGCUGUGAUGAUGGAAUCGAUAAUGGGAAUAUUGACGACUAUUGUAAAGAUCAUCCACAAGAAGUUAUAGCAGAUUCUAGCAAUUGUGCUAAAUAUUUUGAUUGUUCCAAAUCAACAUUUAGGAUUGGUGUUGCCAUGCCCGGGGACUCAUCCUACCUCGACAUGGAGUGCAAAUACCCUGAUCUCUUCUCUACUGUGACCAAGAGGUGUGGACCCUUCAACAGAGUUUCAUGUGAUAAAAGAAAAGAGCCACAAGCGCCUUGUGAGUACGCUCAGAACUUAUGUCCGCCGGGAGAAUUAACGUGUGAGCCAUGCAGCACGAGACUGCCGAGCUGUGUUGGUUUACCGGAUGGUCACGUGGCUGUUCCAGGGAGAGAGUACACCAGCACAUAUCUAGAUUGUAAACAGAACCGUACAAUGUCUGUCAACAAAUGUGAAAAUGGUUUCUUUGAUGCUGGUCUGCGUAUGUGUGUGACUAAAAUAAAUUCUGCAAAUAUUGCACCGUAUUGUAAGAGUAACACUGGUGCCGUUCUACCACAUCCGACCAACUGUGCCUGGUACUAUAACUGUUCUGUUACUGGUCGCACACUACAGAGUGUUUAUCCGUUCGAUAUAGAAUAUGUACAAGAAUGCAAAUACCCAGAACUAUUUUCAAGCGCCACAAUGAAGUGCGAACAGUUCAGAAGUGUGUCGUGCAGCGGUCAUUUUGAACCACAAGCACCUUGCGAGUAUUUCAAAAACAGAUGUGACCCAUCAAAGGUUAAUUGCAUCCCAUGUCCUAACCGUUUACCAAGUUGUAAAGGUUUGAAAGAUGGAAAACAUACGAUCACAAACCUUUAUGAUGGCCUACAAUAUCUUGUUGAUUGUUCUCUCAGUCGAACAAUGUCAUAUAAAAAAUGUACCAUCGGAAGUGCCGAAUGCGCAAGCGUAACCACGCCUACUGUUGUGACGCAAGCACCUGUUACAUAUCCGACUACGCCACUGUAUACCUAUGUUCAACCUCAAACAACGGCAACUCCGAGUGUUUGCUCACAAAGUUUGGGUCUUGUGAUACCAAACACGCACCACUGUGGUGAGUAUUUCAACUGUUCAAGAACUUCGCCACCGUAUUUGUUCGAGUGUCCGUAUCCACAAAUGUUUUCUGAGUUCACAAGAAGGUGCGAGGACUUUCAGACUGUAUCUUGCAACAGCAGACCCGAAUACAAAACGCCAUGUGAAUACCAGCAGAAUUUAUGUGUACCUGGAGCUCAGGGUUGCACCCCAUGUUCUCAACGCUUACCUUCUUGUCAGUAUCUUAAUGACGGGAACCAUGCGUUCCCUGGUCGCGAGGGGACAUCUAGUUACAUAACGUGUCUGAAGGGACGCACUGUUGCUGUAAGUCAAUGCGCGGGAGGUGUUGUCUUUGACCAAUACAGACGACAAUGUUUAGUUCAAACAACAAGCACUACGACAAUAAAACCAACAGUUAACUCAGGAGAUCCGAAUUCAUACUGUAGAGUUCAUCCAUAUGAGACACUGGAGGAUCCUACAAAUUGUGCGAAAUACUACGACUGUCGGGACAUUUUCACAACCUCCAUUAUUACUGCUAAAGAGUGUCCAUAUCCGUUACUUUACCAUACAGCUAUCCACGCAUGCGCAGAUUUUAACAGCGUCAAAUGUCAACAACGACCGGAACCCCAGGCUCCAUGCGAAUAUACGGAAAAUCAGUGCCAUUCUGCUGGAUGUGUCCCGUGCUCUCAAAGGUUUGUAUCAUGUGUUGGACUGACAGACGGCAACCACGCGUAUCCAGGACAACCAUCUAGAUAUGUAAGGUGUCAAAGAAACCGAACAAUUGCCACGGAACAAUGUAGUUUUGGAAUAUUUGAUGUUACAAGUCAGCAGUGUAAGAUGGCCCCGGCAACAACCGGAACCGUACAAACAACAAAUACACCUAAUACUAUAGACUCGUACUGCAGAGCUCAUCCAUACGGUGUUGUUGCUGAUCCCACUAACUGUGCUCUGUAUCACUCGUGCAGUUUGGCCAACACUGCUCUUGGAAACCAUUUAAUGGAAUGUCCUUACCCGAAAUUAUUUGAUGAGCUAACACAGACGUGCAGGGACCGGGCCUGGGUACAAUGUGGGCAAAAGACGAUACCGACAACUCAAUGUGAUUACAAACUGUAUCAGUGUAUUGGUUUUGACUGCCAAAGAUGUCCGGGUCAGGUACAACCAUCUCUUCAAACGUACGCCCCUCAACAAACACCGCGACCAACAUUCCCCGUGCUGACGACUCGAGCAUACACACCUAUUCCUACAACAUCUGGACCGACUUGUACCGGACGUCCAGACGGGUUAAAUCCUUACCCAGGACGGGAAUUAACCGAGUUUUAUAUAGUGUGCGAUCAUGGAAGAGUGAUUGAAACCGGGAUAUGUAUCAUUAACAAAAUUCUAGACCCUGUAAGACGAAGAUGUACAGAUCCUUCUGAUCCUGAUGUAAUAGAUUCGUACUGUAAGGCCAACCCAGGAGUGACGAUACCGAGCGUGACAAAUUGUGGACAAUAUUAUUAUUGUGGAAAUGUCGCCACCGGUCAGCGGCAUGAACUACAAGAAUGUGCUUAUCCUAAACUGUACUCUACAGUAGAUAAUACAUGUAAAGAUUUCAGCAAGGUUCAGUGUGGACAACGUUUCGAACCUGUUGAACCAUGCGAUUAUCGUCGGAAUCAAUGCGAUGCGGUAAACCCAAAUUGCAUUCCCUGUCAACAACGGAUGCCAAGCUGCAAGGGAUUACCGGAUGGACUAAAUGCUUUCCCAAACACUGCAAGAUCUGCUGACUAUAUGAAAUGUGACAGAGGUCGAACAGUUAAAAUAGAAAAAUGUACAUUAGGUCACUUUGACCCGUUGUACCGGCAGUGCACGUUGAUCAAAUUUAUAUGUAUUUCUGUUUCAUUCAAUUCAGGAGUGAUACAGUCAAGAUCAUCUGUAUAUUCGGCAGAUGUCUGCAAAGAUGAUCUCGCUGUUACAUAUUCAAAUGGUAAAACAGCUUCGAGUCAAAUGGCUCCUAAUGACAAACAGAAUAACUACGGUCCAGAUCGAGCCCAGCUCAAUGCUACAGAAGCUAAAGAUGCUGCCGGGGUAACACAGAUGGGCGCAUGGGUUGCAGAAAAAGAUAACUUUAACCAGUGGAUACAGGUUGAAUUGAAAGAUGCUUCAAUGAUCCGUGGGUUGAUCACACAGGGGCGUGACGGUAGUGAUAAACAAUGGGUGACGAGAUACCGCGUGUUUUACAGCGAGGAUUGUAAACAUUGGCACACUGUUGGUGGAUUUAAUGUGACUGACAAAUUCUUUGACGGCAACAAGGACGAGAAAACGGCUGUAACUAACAUGUUUCAUUGUCCAGUAAUGGCUAAAUGUAUUCGUGUUAAUCCGCUAGGCUGGCAUAAAAACAUUGCCUUGAGGCUUGGUGUGCUAGGAUGUCCGUUAGAUCUGCAAGGAGGUCGUAUGGCUCAAACAACUACAACAAAAGCCCCUGUACCUACGACGACACAAGCACCUGUGACAACACAGCCAACAACACAGCCAACAACACCUUCGACAACUACGCAGACAACACAGAAACCAACACAGCCGCCGACAACACAACCAACGACACAGAAGCCCACGCAGCCACCUACACAACCACCAACACAACCACCAACACAAAAACCGACACAGCCACCUACACAACCGCCAACACAACCGCCAACACAACCACCAACGACUACUCUAAAGGUAACACAAAAAUCUGGUGGCAAUAACGCUAUUGGUGUUUCUCCUGGGUUAAAACAAGGUGCCUGCAUAAAGUCAUGUUUCGGACGAGCAAAUGGCGAUUAUCAGUCUUGUAAAGGGUGUGGCUAUUACGUCACAUGCGUCUGGUAUUCUAUGUACGGACAUAGACAGUGUCCCGGUAACCUCGUUUGGGAUGACAGUCUUAAGAGAUGUGUCGGGUUAGGUUCAUCCUCAACCUGUCACUAAAUAUCACGUGACAAAUAUUAAAUUUAAAGCGGCCUUCAGUUUUUUAAUGUUUUGUUGGAAAAACAAUUCUGUUUUGUUUCAAACUAAGUAUGUCAGUUUUUUUUAUCUUUGAAAUGUCCAUCAUUUCCUUCUUAACCCUUUUACAAGACAGCGAUCCGAGAGCUAUUUACAGCUCGUAAGUGACGUUUGUUUCUAAAAAAAAUGGGAGUUCAGGAAACGAAUCCUUCACUUUACUAAUUUGCUUAUAGAGAGCGUUGUAGAGGUGUCGAGAACUUUCCGUGAUUUUUUAUGUAUUUUUUUCAUUUUCCACCCUAAUUCUUUUGAUUUGACAAUUAUAUGAAAUGAUUUAUAAAAAAAAAAAUUUUUAACUUUUGAAAAGCUAAAGGCCGCUUUAAAAGAUAGUAAACGCUUGUUCGCAUUUUCGCAAAUAUAUUUUUCUUUUUCCAAGGUUAUUAAUCAGAAACUGAUAUUAGAGGCCGACCAGUUCAGACUGAAUAAAAUUUGCUUUUUUUUCAUUGAUGCAGUUAAAAAAGUGAAUAGAAAUCUAACAAUGUUAUGUUGGGUACCAGUGUAACCGGUCUCUAAAUUAAGGUUUCAUAACCUUUGACUUUUUAAAACAAUUUUACUAAAGCAUUUGAGAUGCAAAAUUGUGAUUGUAAUGCAGCCUAUGUUAAGUUGUUUGUUUGUGUCUCUUUUUUUGUGAUAAAUAAAAUUCAGAUCAUUUUGCUUCAGUUCUUUUUAUAUACUCUUUCUGAAAAUCGUUUGAUAUGGUAUGUUAAAGUGACAUUUUGCUCAUUUGUUAUUUUCGGGUGUAAAGGUAAAGGUUAUAAUAUCUUUAAAUUUUGCCAUAAUUGUUUUUAAUACGCAAACAUAAUAAAUAACCAAGGAAUUUAUAAAAAGCCUUCCGAUUCAUUCAUCUGUAAGGUCAUUUUUAUAUUAACCUAAUGUUACUUAAAUAAAUGAAAACACGUGUAUUUGUUAUGUUUUAGAACAAAGAUUCCCUACAAAGAUAACAAAAUAUCUUGGCGAACUAAAAAGGUUCUUGAAAAUAAUUUGCAUGUCGCAUUGAACUAUGUGUACAUUUGUAUAUUCUUGAGUCAAAAUAUUUAUGUUUCUUACACUUCUUCUAGGAACAAUUGCUUAUUUAAGUUUGGAAUAAAAGUGUGCACGUCA